AUGACUCAUAUAAGUGCGAAGAUCACGAUAUUAGAAGCGAAGAAUACGGUCUCGGUCAAGAACGAAGGUGUUGAGUCGUACUUCAAGAUUAAGGCAAAUUUCAUGCCAGUUGCGCUGAAGACCCGAGUAGCCGAGAAGACGCCGACGCCGAAGUAUAACGAGACUUUCACGAUAGAGAUUCCCGACAUCCAGAAAAAGGGUGUCUCGCGUACGAUGCAAUUGCAGUGCUACAAACCAAAGAGGUUUUCGGAUCGACUUCUCGGGGAGGUAGAAAUCAACUUGUCGACAAACGACGACAUCGACGCGUGGUUUGAAAUGAAAAAGAAGAAAGCCGACAAAAAGCCGAUGGUAGGGGUUCAUGUCAUAGUUAAGUUUGCAGGGAAGAAAGAAGAGAAGAAAGAGGAGGUCAUUCAAUCCUUCCCCGAUAAGGCUGAAUUUGAUAAGAAGUAUACUAAAGAGAAUGAAAUUGGACAAGGGGCAUUCUCUGUUGUCUACAAAGGUAUUAGAAAGGAAGAUGGCCUUGUAGUAGCUAUUAAACAAGUUAAUAAAACUUCACAAAGCACUGACCAACUCAAGUUACUCCGACGAGAAAUCGACGUGAUGAAGAAAUUGUCAAACCAUCCCAAUGUCGUCAAAUUGUAUGACGUCUUCGAGGACGACAAAACGAUUUUAAUGGUCAUCGAGUUCAUGUCAGGGGGAGAACUCUACGACCAAAUCAUUCAAAGAGGAAGUUUUACAGAAGCAGAUGCAAGCGAUAUCGUCUACCAAAUUUUGUCCGCGUUGUGCUACAUUCACUCAAAUGGGAUCGGACAUCGUGACUUGAAGCCCGAGAAUUUGUUGUGUUCAACACCAAAAGGUGACAUUGUCAAAAUUGCCGACUUUGGGCUUAGUAAAGAUAACUCGGACGGCAACACUGCGAUGACAACGUGUUGCGGAUCGCCAAGUUAUGUUGCUCCAGAAGUCUUAGAAGGGUCAUCAUAUGACCCCGAAUGUGAUAUUUGGAGUUUGGGAGUGAUCACCUACGUCUUGUUGUCUGGGUAUCUUCCAUUCUUUGGAGAAACACAAGACGAAUUGUUCCAAAAGAUCUUGUCUGGGGAUUACACAUUCAAUUAUUCGUGUUUCAAGGGGAUCACUGAAGAAGCAAAGGACUUCAUUAAUAAAUGUUUAGUUGUGAACCCACAGGACCGCGCGACUGCUGACUCGUUGAUGAAACAUCCGUGGGUCCAUCCUGAAAGUCGAAAUCUUGCGACUUUGAGAGGAGCCGCUUUACACCCGACAGCGUCGAUGAGUGAGUUAAGAAGUGGGUUCAACCCAAAGAAUAGACAAAACCCCGUUGCGUAA